AUGCCGAGGUCUUUCCUGGUGAAGAAGGUUAAGCUGGAUGAUUUCUCCAGUGGGGACUUGGAGAACGCAUACCGACACCGGGCGGACCUCAGUCUCAGGCUCCACGAGAAAGCUGGCUACAUCAGUGACUACAGCUCAGUAUACGACAGGGAGAGUGAUGGUGGGAUUAAGGUGCCCUCUCCAGACCCUUUGUACGAUGGACUGCACAGUGACUAUGGAGCCCCUGACUCUGAGUCUCCGGACAGUCCGGCCUCGGAGAUCACAGACGCCUACAUAAACGGAGUAGCAGCAGUUAGCGACGGCUACACGGUGGAUGCCUUCUUCAUCACAGAUGGUCGCUCUCGGCGGAAAGCCCUGUCAAGUCCCCGGAACAUCCAGAGGCACACCUGCAACGAAUGCGGCAAAACUUAUGCCACGUCUUCCAACCUGAGCCGCCACAAACAGACACACCGCUCGCUGGACAGCAAGCUGGCAAAGAAAUGCCCCACGUGUGGGAAGGUGUACGUGUCUAUGCCCGCCAUGGCCAUGCACCUGCUCACUCACGACCUCAAGCACAAGUGCGACAUCUGCGGGAAGGCGUUCAGCCGGCCGUGGCUGUUGCAGGGACACAUGCGCUCGCACACCGGGGAGAAGCCCUUUGGCUGUGCGCACUGUGGAAAGGCCUUCGCUGACCGCUCCAACCUGAGGGCACAUAUGCAGACGCACUCCGCCUUCAAACACUUCAAGUGCAAACGCUGCAACAAGACCUUCGCCCUCAAGAGUUACCUGAACAAGCACUACGAGUCGGCCUGCUUCAAAGGGCCCUUCUCUCCACUGGACCCUCUCGAUGCAUGA